GACCGUUGCAGGUCAAUUUCUUGGCAGACACCCUCAGUUUUGACCAGGCCACAUCUCUCAUUUUUUCUCUCUCUUCAUUUUUUUUUUAAAAUGCAAGACUAGAAUAAGAGGGUUUCUUCUUCCUCCUUUCUAGCCGUUGCCUCAUUUGUAAAUUUCCCCAAAAUGUCCUCUUGCAUUGUGGCGCUGGAUGAGAACUGCCAUCACCGAUUCCUUCAAGAUUCUUGCCUUAGCUUUCUCCACAAUGAUUCGAGCGCAAGAUCUCCAAGAAACCCAUUAGCAGCAUUGCCUGAAUCAGCAAAGGACCCGUCUUAUUCUUCUUCUGUCCCUGUUUCUGGCAGCAUGCUUUUGAUGAAAAGAAAGAGACCACCAUCUCUGCAAAUUCCUGAAGGUUCGAGGGUGUUGUGCAGUUCGACCCCCAGUGUUAGAAGAAGCAAUGACGAGUCCACCGUUGCUUACAGCGCCGCCGGAUGCGCGGUUUAUGCUAAGAAAGGGAAGGUGAGAGAUGUCAUGGAGGACAGCCACAAGAUUAUUUCAGGCUAUCGAGGAGACCCCAAGAAGGGGUUCUUUGGAGUAUAUGAUGGGCAUGGGGGUAGAAAUGCAGCAGAGUAUGUAGCAGAGAAUUUGCAUAAGCAUGUUCUUGAGAUGGCAGAGAAAUAUGAAGGUCUUAGCAAGGUGGAAGCCGCUAAAUCUGCAUACCUUAGGACAGAUAAAGAGUUCCUGAGUAAGGGGCUGAACAGCGGAGUAUGUUGUGUCACAGCAUUUAUUGAAGAUGGUGAAAUCAUUGUCUCAAAUUUGGGUGAUUGUAGGGCUGUUAUUUGCAGAGGUGGUGUAGCAGAAGCACUUACUUGUGAUCAUAGGGCUUCAAGAGAAGAUGAGCAGGCGAGAAUUGAGGCGCAGGGUGGCUAUGUUGACAUUCACCAUGGGACGUGGAGGGUGGAUGGGGUGCUUGCUGUAACCAGAAGCAUUGGUGAUCGUCAUCUGAAGGAGUGGGUGCUUGCAGAACCUGAUUCAAAGGGACUGGUUAUAACAGAUGACAUGGAACUAUUGAUCCUAGCUUCUGAUGGCUUGUGGGAAAAGGUGGGCAAUCAAGAAGCUGUUGAUACUGUCAUGAACCUCCUUUUGGAGUCGAAGAGUAGUUUGUUGAGUAUGAAGGAGACUACCGAAGGCCAUGAUGAACAGAGAAGUGAAAACAUUGGUUCUCCUUUAAAGAUGAGGAGAACAUCAAACCUGCAUGGGAUAAAAGCGCAGAGACUGAACCAGGAGAAUCUGAACCCAAACCAACCACCACCAAUGUGUGGGUUCCUGGUGGCAUGCAAGGAGCUCGUUGGACUAGCUGCAAAGAGAGGCAACUUGGAUGACAUAACAGUGAUGAUCAUUGAUCUUAAGCAUUUCAUCUGCAGCUGACAAGCGCUUCCAUCUGUUGGCCUUUAAGUAGACAGUAAACUUGCCAGCUGUGACAGUGAUGAUCAAAUUUCCCAUGUGUUGGUCUUUGGUGGACAACUAGACUCACCAGCUGUAAUUCUACAUCACCAAUUCUUUUCGAAAUUUUUAACUUCCAUAACAAAUUUAAAUAAUGCAAGUACAGCUUGUCUCUUUAUGAA